CAGAAGCUCUUGCGCCACUCUUCCCCUCCCCUCCUGCAAUCGGGUGCUGUUUUUGUUGUUGGUGAAAGGUGAGGGGAACAGCUGAUCCGUCUGUGGGGACAGCAGGAGGCAUCUCGACGGUAGGAUGGAAGAGUCAUCACUGAGCCGGGCACCAUCCCGGGGUGGAGUCAACUUCCUGAAUGUAGCCCGGACCUACAUCCCCAACACCAAGGUGGAAUGUCACUACACUCUGCCUCCAGGCACCAUGCCCAGCACCAGUGACUGGAUUGGCAUUUUCAAGGUGGAAGCGGCCUGUGUCCGGGAUUAUCACACAUUUGUAUGGUCUUCAGUGCCAGAAAGUACAACCGAUGGCUCCCCCACCCAUGCCAGCGUCCAAUUCCAAGCCAGCUACCUGCCCAAACCAGGAGCCCAACUCUACCAGUUCCGAUAUGUGAACCGCCAGGGCCGGGUGUGUGGGCAGAGCCCCCCAUUCCAGUUCCGAGAGCCAAGGCCCAUGGAUGAGCUGGUGACCCUGGAGGAGGCUGAUGGAGGCUCUGACAUCCUGUUGGUUGUCCCUAAGGCCACUGUGCUUCAGAACCAGCUGGAUGAGAGCCAGCAGGAACGGAAUGACCUGAUGCAGCUGAAGCUGCAGUUGGAAGAUCAGGUGACAGAGCUGAGGAGCCGAGUGCAGGAGCUGGAGAAGGCUCUCUCCACUACCAGGCGGGAGCAUUCAGAGCUCACAGAGCAAUACAAGGCACUCUCUCGGUCCCAUGGGGAGCUCACAGAAGAGAGGGACAUCCUGAGCCAGCAGCAGGGAGAACAUGUGGCCCGUAUCCUGGAGUUAGAGGAUGACAUCCACACCAUCAGUGACAAAGUGCUGACGAAGGAGGUGGAACUGGACAGGGUUAGAGACACACUGAAGGCCCUGACUCGGGAACAAGAGCAGCUCCUGGGGCAGCUGAAGGAAUCCCAGGCAGACAAGGAACAGAGCAAGGUCGAGUUCCAGAUGGCCCGAGAGGAGAACUGCCGCUUAACUGUAGAGCUGCAGGAGGCCAAGGGCCGGCAAGAAGAGCAAGGUGCUCAGGUGCAGCAGCUGAAGGAGAAGGUGGCCCACUUGAAGGGCUCCCUGGCUCAAGCCCAGCAGAGAGUGGCCGAGCUAGAACCCCUGAAGGAGCAACUUCGAGGGGUCCAGGAACUUGCAGCCUCAAGCCAACAGAAAGCCGCCCUUCUUGGGGAAGAGUUGGCCAGCGCAGCGGGAGCCAGGGACCGCACCAUAGCUGAGCUGCACCGCAGUCGACUGGAAGUGGCUGAAGUCAGUGGCCGACUGGCUGAGCUCAGCCUGCACAUGAAGGAGGAAAAGUGCCAGUGGAGCAAGGAGCGGACAGGGCUGCUGCAGAAUAUGGAGGCUGAGAAGGAUAAGGUCCUGAAGCUGAGCGCAGAGAUCCUCCGACUGGAGAAGACCGUGCAGGAGGAGAGGAGCCAGAGCCAUGUAUUCAAGACUGAACUGGCCAGAGAAAAGGAUUCUAGCCUGGUGCAGCUGUCAGAGAGUAAGCGAGAGCUGACAGAGCUGCGCUCAGCCCUUCGUGUGCUCCAGAAGGAAAAGGAGCAGCUGCAGGCAGAGAAACAGGAGCUGCUAGAGUACAUGAGGAAGCUGGAGGCGCGGCUGGAGAAGGUGGCAGAUGAGAAGUGGGAUGAAGAUGCCGCCACCGAGGAUGAGGAGGCCACUGCUGGGCUGAACGGCCCUGCAGCUCUGUCAGACUCAGAGGAUGAGUCCCCAGAGGACAUGAGGCUCCCUUCCUAUGGCUUGUGUGAGCGUGGAAAUCCAGGCUCUUCCCCUCCUGGGCUCCGGGAGGCCUCUUCCCUUGUUGUCAUCAACCAGCCAGCACCCAUUGCUCCCCACCUCUCAGGGCCAGGGGAGGACAGCAGCUCUGACUCAGAGGCUGAAGAUGAGAAGUCAGUCCUCAUGGCGGCUGUGCAGAGUGGGGGUGAGGAGGCCAAUCUUCUGCUUCCUGAACUCAGCAGUGCCUUCUGUGACGUGGCCAGUGGCUUUGCAGUGGGUUCCCUGACGGACGUCAGCACUGGGGUGUCAGCCACCCCUCCCUGGAAGGAAUGUCCUGUUUGUAAGGAGCACUUCCCUCCUGAGAGUGGCAAGGACGCCCUGGAGGACCACAUGGACGGACAUUUCUUUCUCAGCACCCAGGACCCCUUCACCUUUGAGUGAUUUCACCCCUCCCUAGUAUGUAGACACACUCACGCACACACAAAUCUGAGCUCAUGCCCAUUUUCCAUCACUCUGGGCUCUGUAAUAUUCUGUUCCUACAAACCAUGCCUGCAUCCUGCUUCUAUCCCAGGCUUUAUAACUCCAUCUUCUAUCCUGACUCCUCUGUCCCCGGCAGGGAUCUGUCUUGGGAGCAGUGGCUGAGUUUACUCCCUGAAAACAGUUUAGAGGAACCAAGAUGGAGGGGCUUUUCCCUGUGGGAACAGAAUUAUCCAUUGCUAGCCCAAGUACACAGCUACACACACACACACACACACACUCUCUCUCUCUCUCUCUCUCUCUCUCUCUCUCUCUCUCUCUCUCUUCUGAUGCCUGAAAGCCAACUCCUGGGGUACCCCACCCCCUCUUAUUCAGAGUUUGUUUGUUUACUCAAGUUUUCUCUGGGGCCUGCAUGGAGGCAGCAGCAUGAGCUCAUGGGGUCUUUUCACACCUGUCCAGCCCCUCCCGUAGCUGUAGGUCAUAAGUUUGGAAGUUUCUUUUGUAUUUUUAAGGAUUCCUGUACCUUCUCAUACCACCCGAUAUCCAAGUCCUCAUAUGGAAAAUAAAAUGUAUUUGUGCCUUUUGUGAGGGAUGGGGGGACAAAGGGUCCCAGGUACCCCCAUCUCCCAGCCCUCUCCAGGCCCCCUCAGCAAUAAGAACCCCUCUCCCUUAAACUGCCCUCUUAUCUGUAACUUGGACAAAUAUAUUUAUAUGAUACGUGUUA